AUGGCACAUCUCGUCGUCUGGCUCUCCCUGUGCGCGUCUCUGGUCCUGGCCAACUCCAAUUGCACGCGGCUGUUCAACUCGGCCGUCAUCAAUAACCAAACACUGUAUAUCGAUGGUGGGGACAUGCACACGCUGUUGCCCAAUGGGUCCAUCCCCAAAUCCGCAAUUCGAGACCUCCAGACCGUGGAUCUAUCCAGGUCGUGGCAGAACUCAGACGACGACCUCUUUACCUACAUCCGGAAACCGCAUGACAACUCCGACACCGACGACAAUCCCCCCUGGUUGAAUGAGGGUGCCGCCUGGUCCAAUGGACAGGACCUCUUCUUCUACGGCGGCUACCUGAGCGAAAAGGCCGGGAUCUCGGUGCCCCCACUGGCCACAUGGCGAUACGAUAUCGCGGCCAAAAAUUGGACCCGCCGCGGUUUCUGGGGCACCCCGCUGGUGCGACUGUGUCAAGGCGGCGCCGUACAGUCCUCCGUCGACCAGAUGGCAUACUACCUCGGGGGCUCGCUGAAUCCGGCGGGGAACCCGACCUUCAUCAAUACCCCCGGCGCAGACGUGUACAUGGACCCGGGCCUGAUCGCCCUGGACAUGAAUACCCUCGAGUGGACCAACGCGUCUACCGCCGACAUGAACACCUGGGGCACCAUCGGCGACGGAUACGUCGGUCUCAUCGACUCGGUAGGGAAGCGAGGUCUACUGGUAGCGUUUGGCGGGUACACGUACCCCGUCGGCCAGAAGCUUUCCUUCCUGGCAGCGCGGCAGACCAAAGAGACGAAUCAGAACUCAAUGGAGACCGUCCGCGUGUACGACAUCGACAAGCAGCGGUGGUAUGACCAGCAGACGUCGGGCGACAUCCCCCACUGGCGCAUGGCCGGCUGUGCCGUCGUCGCCCCGGCCCCAGAUCUGUCAUCUUACUCGAUUUACGUCUUUGGCGGCAUGGCAGCUAAGACCAAAGACUCCGACGGCAACGUCUACGUGCUCUCGGUGCCCUCGUUUCGGUGGAUCAAAGUCUACGACGACCACGUCCUGCGAUACAAGCACAAAUGCGUGCUCGCGCAGAAGCACACCAUGCUAGCUGUCGGGGGCAUCAUCCCCGUCGACGACAUGGAGUACUACCCGCAGUCGCGAAACUGCGACAGCUCCACCUUCGCCAAUGGGAUCGGCAUCUUCGACCUGCGUAAGCUGUCCUGGAUGAGCAACUACAAUGCCGACGACCAUGGCGAGUACACUAUCCCCUCCAAGAUUGUGGAUGUGAUUGGUGGGAGUGAAACCGGGGGCGCGACCCUGUCCAAGCCCCAGCAUGGGUUCAACAGCAGCGAUCUAGAGAAUCUAUUCAAGCAGCGCUCUGUCCGGCCCACCGCGAGCGUGGUCGCCAAUCCGACCGGCUCGCCAUCGUCGAGCCCCAAGCCUACCGCGGGGACGGGCCACACCCUGUCCGGUGGGACCAUCGCGGGCGCUGUGGUGGGGGCCGUUGCCGGGGUGGCCCUGUUAGCAGGGCUGGUCAUGGCGUGGGUGAUCGUGCAAAGACGCCGCAAGGAACAAAAAGCCGCUCUCCAGGAUGGUCCCCCCUGGGCGAAAGGCGCGUCCGAUACGUGGAUGUUCGCGCCGCGGCGGCCGCCAGAGGAGCUCGAUGCGGCGCCAGUGUACGAGCUAAGCCAUGAAAGGCAAGAGACGUGGUGCGGCGCAGCUUUUCGGGCGGAGAUGCCCACAGAGGCGAACCAAACGCCAGAGAUGCCAGCCUCGCGAGAUCGAUAG